AUGCAUAGUGAUGGCAAGGUAAACUGACUACGAUGAAAUCUUCUGUUUUGGAGGACCCGAGAUUAAGUUUUGAGUUUGAUCAAAAUUGCAAAGUCCGCGUGCAUGUAUACGCCUGUCACUAUUGUUCUCAGCAAAGGUUUUGCCAGUUCUAUAGAUGCUUGAUGAUGACAUGAUUGAUCUGUGUGGGGCAAAAUUUAAGCCACGAGAGAAACUUGUUUUACGAUCUGCAAAUAUGCGUUACUUUAUAUCUUUGUUUUGAUGCUUGCAAAUUUCUGAGUAUUUUUCCAUGAUUGCAGGCUAGUGUAUUUCGUGAUUUUCAUCCAAUGACGACAUCCUCCGUGGCCAGGUCUUGAAGCACACAGCGAAACCAACUCAUGCACAUCAUAUGAGAAAUAUUUUAAUAUCGUUUCUGAUCCCGACCCACUCAUCGUAUAGACUCGUACUACGCGGAAUGGAGUUCCCAAACCACCUCAUAGAGCCCUACAUAUAUAGAGGGGGUACCUUCGCCAACACUCAGUCGUGGGCAAAACUGUUAAUAAAUGAGGAAUUUUAGUAAAAUACAUUUAACUGACUUCACGAGGUUUACCCGCCACUCUCCCCCACCCAAUGUUGUCAUUAGUUUCCCCCUAUUUUCAACGUAAUUCAACAACGCUGUCUUGGGCGAAGGGGGGAUAUUUUUGGUAAGAUACAAUUAAACUUUCACACAGUCAAAAUAAAAUUUUGAUAACAAGUUAUAUCCACGUUUAUCAACCAAAAGUUAACCAACGUUUUGUACAUGUCUUCCUUGUAGAAAAAUGCGGAAAACAUAAAACAGCUACUUCGGCAAGCGGAAAUCUUGAGAUUGCUAGAUUCAAAUUCUGAUGGAGGGAAAAAGAACGUUAUUUCAUGGGAUUUCGUUCAGAAGUCAAUUGAAACAUAUGUAGUGAGAGAGAUUGAAUGUUUGCGAGCUCAGAAACCACGAAAUUCACAAACUUCUUCAUCAAUUGUGGCAAAUAACAGAGAAAAGAAGAGACAGGUAGGAAUAUUACACCUGAAUACUCAUGUGUAAUAGCUCGAAGGCUAUAGUGCUGGUAUAGCGGUACAACGUACAAUAAAAGUUGCCGUGGUUGCUGUUUGAAUCAGCUGAGAAAGAUUCAUAUGAUAAAGCAUUUUCAUUGUUACGAGCCAUUUGUCAGAAGGUUACUGGCUAUCAAAGUGCUUACGCAGUCUUCAAAAUUCAUUUUUUCCACUCAGAUAAAAAUUGAAUUUUUCAGGAUUUUGAGCAUCUCACUCGAUAGAACUAAUUGCUGAAGGUUUUGUAGAUGGAAAUUUCGAGUUUGCAUUUUAUACAUUUAUUAAACCUAACCAGGAGCAGUUUCGAAAAAUGAAAAGUUCUGUAUAGGCCCUCUGGAAGGAAUUGAACCUGCGGCCCUGCGAUUCCAGUGCAGCACCCUAACCAAGUUCAGUUUUUGGACCACAAGUUCAUGUAUAAAUACUAAGAUGAUGCCAAUGUAAGGUGUUUGGGUAGAUAUCAGGGUUUUGGGGAACAUCUCACUCGAUAUAAGUAAUUCUAGAUGGAAAUUUCGAGUGGAAUUUUACACAUUUAUUAGACCCAACCAAUAGCAGUCGCGAACUUUUCGCGACUUUCAUUGUCGAGAAAAAAACUACUCGGAAUUUUAGAAAGCGCUUUGCAGAGUUGGAAUCAACAAUGAAAUCAUCGAUAAAAACUCCUUACGAAAGGUCUUUGUUUGAAAAAAUUUAACGUUUUCAAUCUUUUCGGACAAAAUUACAAAAACAUAACAUCUGUAUGAGUUGCUAUGCAGCGGCUAUUUGAUCUUGACCUUCUUCAAUAUUGUGUCUAAUAAAUAAUACAAAUAAUAUCUUCAGUUAAUUGCCGCGUGCCCGGCCCGAGCAGUGGAAAGCAGACACAAAUGACGGGAAUUGGAGGUUAGGUUUAUAUACAGCUAGGGCGGCGUUCAUCAUCAGGUUGUCGGCAAAAUAUUGAAUGUCGGCAAAUUGUUUUCGUAGUCGGCAAAACAUGAGUUUGGAUAAGUACAAAUUAAGAAUGAUAGUUAAAAUGUGGAGAAAUUUAGGAACACAUUAGGGAAAAAUGGAACGAACAACGGUAGUUAAACACAAAUUAAGAUGACAGAUAUGAUGUACGGAAAACUUGUUUUCAUGUUGAGACGCCGCCACCGCUCCCUCCCCCCCUCAUCCAAAGAGGUCUAGCGCCGCCCCUGGGUUUACAGUCCCUCACGCAGUUUUGCAGAAGACAGAGAGAGAAUAUCUAAUGCCGUCUUUGAGUUACUUUGCUACCUGUAUUGUAAGAUAUCAAAUACUGUGCCUCUCGUGACGUCAUGAAGUAAUGCUUGUUGAAUAAAGUCUGUGAUCGGUUUAAUUUGGUAAUGCCCAAUAUGACUCUUUUUUAAAAGUCUAAGAAUUUGAACUAAAUCUCAGAAUCGAGAAGAGUAUGUCUAAAAACGUUUAGUAAUUCUGGUGUUUGUUUGAAACGUUUAAAACGAUAUUCUGAAAUCUAAAACGAGUGGAGGGUUAAGUGUUUCUAGAUCAGUGGUAUAGAGGCUAGAUAAAAUUUACACGGCAUAAACUAUGACAUCCAUAUAUGUUUUUAGGAAUUUAAGACUAUUUUAAUUUGAAACUAAUUUCUCUUAAAGCAUUUGUGAAUUUCGUACAAACGGUUGAUAUUAAUGUUGUCUAGGAAGUGAUGUCACUGUUCAAGUUUGUCAUCAAAACAGCAGAUGAACGUAAGUAUAAUGGCGGUUCUUUUUCCAACGUCAUUUAGUUUUUUACCAGUCAAAAACUAAGUGUUCCUCUACAACGUUGAACAUUCAAUCCUAUGGUACGUACUUCUGUCAUAAUUUUAAAAUUUAAUGUUUUAUAAUAUGCUGCGAACUCUGUUUGUAUAGUUAGAAUUAUACACUUACCUAAAAACAAAUUGGAAACAUUUUGUCAGCCGAAACAGGAACGAUCAUAAUCUAGGUGCUGUAAUGCACUGGAAAAAAAAGUGAAAUCCAUACUAGAUACGAAAUUUGCAAUUGCACCAUUAAAUGCAUAGUAUAUCCAUACUACUUCCAUACUACAUCCAUACCAUGGAAAUAUACAAUUAUUAUGGAUAAUCAAAAUCCAUUCUAUUUCCAAUAAAGGUCCAUACAAUUUCCAUGCUAUGACCUUCUAUGGAUUUUCAAAAUCUUUUCCAGUGAUGUUUUUAUCAUUAACAAUUUUAAAAUUGUGAUAUGUAGUUUGUAAUUGUAUUUUAUCCCAUCUUGUAUUUUCCCAUCAGUUUAUUCGAAUCCUUUAUAAACUAAUCGCGCGAUCGUACAUGAAUUGCAGGUGAUCGAUGUCGACUGAAUGGUAAAGAUCUUGUUCACCAUGUAAUCACCACCCUUAAAAGCCAGAAUAAAGCAUUUGUUACAGAUUAUCAAAACAUUCUUUUGAAGUACGUCCUUACCUCCCGGAUAUAUUGUUGUGAACUCACAUCACAGAUGUGGCGAGGUGAGUCACGCACAGUAUAGACCCAUUGCACUGACGUCACAUAUCCUUAGAGUGUCCUCCAGAUGCUCCCUAACAAUAUCUGUUCGAGUACAACAACCACAUACAUACAGCGCAAAAAUUAACCAUUUUAGUACAAAAUUAUUAUAAAGUUUCACAAAAUUUGCUUUGUUUACAAAAGUUAUAUUAUGCAUAGAUUGCUAAUUUGUCCUCCAGAUGCAUCGUCACCGGCACUGUGACGUCAUGUGCAAUGGGUCUAUAUAGACCAUUUAGGUGAUCUCAAGUCAGCAGAAUUAACCUGCAUGUAGUUAAUUUUACCGCAGUCCUGGUUAACGUGAUCAUAAUCCUGGCUAUAAUUUAACCAAGAUUUCUGGUUAAUAAUCCACCUAACAUAAUCUGGUUGAUUCAACCAUAUAGCCUGGUUAAAUGAGCCAGGAAUCUUGGUUAAAUUAGCCAGCACUAUGAUCAAACCAGGAUUGUAGUUAAUAGCUGUGGUGUUGGAUUUCGUUCUUCUUGCCUUGCCUUCUUCUUGCCUAGAACAAUAGUAAGUUUUUUAAAGUUGUGAAUUAGCCUUUCUCACGAUGACGAAUAUCCACCAUUUUUGCGUGGCAUCUAAUUCUCGUUAACCAAUGCAGACAACUAAAACAAUGUGAAGAGCAAUUUUUCAAAAUAAACUAACCAUUUACAAAGCAAAUUUACCAUCAUUUGUCAGAAAAAAUAUAAAAAGUCGCUGUUAUGUGGACUUAUUUCGCAGACUUCGGCUGAAAUGCCACCCAAAAAUGGCGGCGUGAGAAAGGCUAAUUGGUCAGCAACCAUGUAAACAACGUUGGCCAAAUUUGUUUAUAUACUGAUCACUUCUUUUUAGAACUUAUCAACAUUACUUGUGGAAUUCUAAACUCUCCCACUGGUGAACGUUCAUUAUCAGCCAAGACUUUCUUCCACAUCAUCACAGCCGCUGUCACUCAAGUCGAUUUAAAGUCCACUCCACUUUUUAAGUUUUUUACAAAUAUUUUUUCUGAUAUCAG